GAGAAGCAAGAGUCGUCGAAUAACCAUCGAGCUACCAACGACCAGCAGCUGCGGGAGCCGCUGGAUUCGUGACCUUACAUUCGAGACUGUUUUGUAGACACGCGGCUGACUAUUGUCGAGUUGUUUCACUGGUUCGUUCAUCCCUCGCGUUUUUCGACGGGCGAAAAAGCUCCUUAUUUUUUCUGCUUCAUUUUUUUCUUUUGUACUCGAUUCUUGCAGUGAUCGCGUGUGUUUUGUGCUCCAAUUUCGUCUGCUCAUGAUAGAGCCCACGCAGCGCCUUCGUUUUUUGGCGAAAACGCGUCGCGACUUCAGCCUUUGAAGAUUUUGGAGUUUCCGGCGACAAAAUGGGCCGCAGUUUCGCUGUGAAUAGGACUCGGUUGGUCCUGCUGCUGUUGGCGAUCGGGUGGAGCGGAAAUGAGCAGGGUCUCGUCUGCCGGGCUCUGCAGUUCGAAAACCUCGAGAAUUAUGCGACCACCGAAGAGUGUGCUCUGGCUCUCGAAGGCCCGGGGAGAAGCAGCGCUUACGAUUACACUUACAACUUGCUGCGCGGAAGUGUUACACCGUCUGCCGGCUCGCACACUUGUAUCACUUACGAUGCUGUCAAUCGCGCUUACAUCGAGGCGCGAAAACGAGUCAACGUCGCUCAGCCGCACAAUGACGCAUGGAGACCGGAGGACUUGGCCACAGUCGGUGAACUGCUUCUGGACAUUUCGACGAGCCUCGCGCAAACUUAUGGAUUGACGUAUGAAGAAAUCCAGAAUAGUUUACCACUCAUCGAUACGUCCAAGACCCUCAUUCGGGAGGUCUGCCCUGCGUUUCUCAGCGACGUGGAAUGUCGUCCUGGAAAGUACCGUCGUUAUGACGGCCUCUGCACCAAUCUGGAGAAUCCCACUUGGGGAGCGACAUUAUCACCGUUUACGAGGUUGCUCAACCCAGCCUUCCCCGAUGGUCUCUCAGCGCCCAGAAUAUCCGUCACCGGAAACGAUUUGCCACUCGCCCGCGUCGUCUCGAGGACCAUGCAUCCCGACGAAGGUUUUCACGAUCACGCCGGGACCGUUAUGGUGAUCGCAUGGGGUCAAUUCAUGGAUCACGAUUACACGCUCACAGGAACGCCUCUGGAUCCAAUGAACCGAAACGAUCCUGAAGAAUGCUGCGGACGACCGCCCCAUCGAAAAAAUCCGUACUGCAACGAAAUCCUCAUUCCCGAGGACGAUUAUUUCUACAGACUUUUCGGCGUUAAAUGCAUGGAUUUCGUGAGGGCUUUUCCGGCCGCGAGACCCGGCUGUCGUCUCGGCUCGCGUGUACCAUUCAACCUACUGACCGGAGUUCUUGAUGGAAAUACGGUCUACGGCGUCUCUGAGACGUUUGCCAGGAAACUUCGAACCGGGUACGGCGGUUUGCUGCGAAUGAAUCCAGUCUUCUCCGAGUACGGUCUGAAGGAUCUUCUCCCCUUGAAGCUCGACAUCCCUGACGAGGGCUGCACCCGACCGAACCGUUCGAUGUACUGCUUCGAAGCUGGCGAAAUUCGUGUCAACGAACAACUCGUGCUCACCUGCAUGCACACCCUCCUAGCACGUGAACACAACAGAGUGGCCAAGUCACUGUCCCAAGUGAAUCCCCAUUGGGACGACGAGACGGUCUUCCAGGAAGCGAGACGCAUAGUAAUCGCUGAAAUUCAACACGUCACUUACAACGAAUUCCUUCCCAUCUUACUGGGCAAAGACGUCAUGGAGAAGUUUGGUCUUCUUCUCGAGAAGCACAAUUACUGGGACGGAUACGAUUCCACUGUGAAUCCUGGAGUGAUCGACGCUUUUUCCGCUGCCGCAUUCAGAUUCGGUCAUUCGCUUCUUCCAACUGCAGUUGAACGGUGGAGCAAAGCGCACAAAUUUAUUGCAUCCAAAAGAUUGUCCGACCUCAUAAGAAGGCCUUACGAUCUCUACCGAGCCGGAGUUCUCGACGAAUAUUUCAUGGGCCUGAUGAACCAAGUUGCCCAAGCUAUGGACGACUCGAUAACCCAAGAAGUCACGAAUCACUUGUUCAAAAAAGUCGGCGCAAGAUUCGGCAUGGAUUUGGUGUCCUUCAACAUGCAGCGUGGACGAGAGUUCGGCAUACCGAGUUACAUGGAGUUCCGAAAAUUCUGUGGCUUGCCUGGAGCCGAUACGUUUGAAGAACUUUUCGACACAAUGCCGAACGAGACGAUCCGACGUUACAGCUCGAUAUUCCAGCAUCCUUCCGACGUGGAUUUGUGGUCGGGCGGAGUUUCGGAAAGGCCGUUACCGGGCAGCAUGCUCGGGCCAACGUUCGCCUGCGUAAUAGCAACGCAGUUUAGUUAUUCACGUCGCGGUGACAGAUUCUGGUACGAACUACCGAAUCAGCCAUCGUCCUUCACUCUCGAACAACUUAACGAAAUCCGGAAAGCCAGACUCGCGAGGCUCAUUUGCGACAACACCGACCUCAUCGACACGAUACAGCUUUAUCCGAUGGUUCUUCCCGAUCACGAGAUAAAUCCACGAGUUCCUUGUCGAAGCGGAGUGUUGCCGGGCAUCGAUUUCAGCAAAUGGGCCGAGUAUCCAGCGGCGAGUCACGCGGCUCAAUACAAACUGACGGACGAGCAUUUGCUAGCCGGAAGACCAGUGAAAGUCUCUGAUAAACCAUCGGAGGGUAAAGUCGAGCGUGCAUAUCGUAUCUUCCACGAGAAUAUUCACAAGAUUAAAAAGUUUCUCGGGCUCGGGGACGAGUAGGAAAUUGUUGCAGUUGCUAUGCCCACAGUCUGCUUGACAGCCGAACACUUGACACACAUCAACACUACACGACUCACUAGACUUAGCCACUACUUAUUAACGAAUAAGAAAAUCAACGAGUUUAUUUCACAAACGUGUUACUCCAUGAUGUGGCUGGAUCGAGAGAAAAUUUUGGGAGGCUCGACUCGCGAUAUUCAUCGACGUACUUUUUUAUACACUUUUGUAGAUCCUAUAUGCUUAAAUUUUCGCAAAAAAAAAAAAAGAUUUGUGGGAUCUUCAGUGUUGAAACGAACUCUUGAGAAUUCUUCUUUCGAUUCUCUACAUCGUGAUUAACUUACCUAAUAAAAGUAUUAUCCUUAAAUGAUAUUUUAUGUAAAUACACACACACGAGGAGUGGGAAGAGGAAAAAUUCCUUUUGCACAAAAGCGUUGAGACGAUGUUUCUUUCGUGCAGAAGAAUUUUGUUCGUUACUUUUUAGUAAAUUAUCCAUAAAACGAAAAUGUCUCAUCGCUCCCUCUCGUCGUAUUUUCUUAUGGGCUCUUCCAAUUCCCAUUUUCAACGUAAAUAAGCGUAGUUUUAUCUUUUUUAUACUCAUGCUCCUGUACAUAAUAAUAUUCUCAUAGAAAUAAAGUCUCUUUCGCAAGAGUGCCAUGAAUCAAA